AUGAACACGGGGCCCUAUGUGCCGGUGGACGCGGCCCGUCACCGCAGUGCGCGUGGAAUGACGUGGCAGAACCCCGCGGGUCGCCGCACCCCGCCGGCGCUGCCACCGGUGCCAGCCGUUGACCAUUACGCCAUCGCAGGGCUUUCGCCGCACAAUGCGCGCCCUGCCGCCUGCGACGCUUCCUCGGCGCCCGCCCCCGCCCCGGCCCCGGCCCCGGCCCCGGCCCCGGCCUUCGCACCCAUCGCCGCCUCCGUCGUAAUAAAGCCGUCCCGGGCCGCACGCCGGCUGUCGCCUCCGCUGCCUGCGAAGCGGCGCGAGGAGGGGUGGGGAGGGGAGGUUUCUCCAGCAAGUGGCUGCUAG